GUAAAACUGUCUGAUUUCUUUCGCUGUGCUCCUGUCGUGUCUAAACGUCGUAAAUAUGAAUCCCAGCGGAUCUACAAAUGCUAAAGGCAAAACGUUUCUGUUUACCUCCGAAUCUGUUGGCGAAGGGCAUUCUGAUAAAAUGUGUGACCAAAUUAGUGAUGCAAUUUUGGAUGCUUAUCUUGCUCAGGACCCUGAUGCAAAAGUGGCCUGUGAGUGUGUGGCCAAGACAGGUAUGGUUCUGCUCUGUGGGGAGGUGACGUCCACAGCAGUUGUAGACCACCAGAAGGUGGUCAGAGACACCAUCAAGAAUAUUGGAUAUGAUGACUCAUCCAAGGGUUUUGAUUAUAAGACCUGCAAUGUGCUUGUGGCCCUACAGCCUCAAGCUGCAGAGAUCACUGACUGUGUGUUUGAAGGUAGAGAUCAGGAGGAUAUUGGUGCAGGAGACCAGGGUCUGAUGUUUGGCUAUGCAACUGAUGAAACUGAGGAGUGUAUGCCACUGACAAUCCUCUUAGCUCAUAAGCUUAAUCAUAAACUAAAGGAGCUGUCUAAGACUGGAGUGUGUCCCUGGAUACUGCCAGAUUCGAAAACACAGGUGACAAUAGAAUACCGCGACAACAUGGGUGCCAUGGAACCUCUCCGUGUUCACACAGUGGUCAUUUCAGUUCAGCACACACCUAACAUUUCUCUGGCUGAGAUCCGAAAGAAUCUCAUGGAAAAAGUGGUCAAAACUGUUAUUCCAGCUAAAUAUCUAGAUGAUAGGACUAUAUAUCAUCUUCUGCCAAGUGGAAAGUUCCUAUUUGGUGGUCCGCAGGGUGAUGCAGGACUGACUGGGAGGAAGAUUAUUGUGGAUACAUAUGGAGGUUGGGGUGGCCAUGGUGGUGGAGCCUUCUCUGGAAAGGACUACUCUAAAGUGGACCGCUCUGCAGCUUAUGCGGCCCGCUGGGUGGCCAAGUCGCUUGUGAAAGCCAAGCUUUGUCGGAGGGUCUUAGUACAGAUAUCAUAUGCCAUUAGCGUUAGUCACCCUUUGUCAAUCUCUGUUUUCCAUUAUGGAACAUCAACAAGGGAUGAAGACGAGCUUCUGAAGAUAGUACAGAAUAAUUUUGACCUUAGGCCAGGGGUCAUUGUUAAGGAGCUUGGUCUAAAAAGGCCCAUCUAUCAGAAGACUGCCUGUUAUGGACAUUUUGGCAGAGAAGAAUUUCCUUGGGAGAAUCCAAAGCCUCUGGUGUUUUGACACUAUGCUGAUGGAACUGGAAAUUAGAAAAAAAUGAUGAAUAUACUGAUCAAUACAAAAGUGUAUAAUCAUACUGUCUGCAUUACAAUGACUUAGUUGAUUCAAAGUCAAACACAGUGAACGGUGCCAUGUUUAAGUGUACUUUUUCUAAUUGUUUCCUGAAUGUUUUAGGCAGUAGAAUAUGCUCUCAUUGGCUGUUUACUUUUACAUCAUUCUCUGAAUGCUGGUGAAGGUCAUUAUCUGAUCAACUGUUUACAUACUGUGUGAAAUUAACCAUUAUCAGUAAUGGAGGAAGUGUUAUCAGUAAUUGUAUCAAUUUUAUGUGAUAUUUUGUAAUUUUGUCAUUGU